CGACUUUCAAAGAAGAAGAAAACAUUCGUCACAUCAAGAAGAAGAAGUUGUUUCGUCCACUGUAAACACGACUAUGGAUCCUGAGCAGGACAAUGAAAGCGCCGGAGAGAGCGAGGAAGAUGGGAGCUUUGCUCGGGUCACGGCUGUGGCUACAGGGUGGACGGUGGACUUUCUGUUCCUAAGGAUGUGUCGGAGUUUUAAGAAAGCAGAUCUGGAAGAAUUCAACGAGGGGCUUGAUACGUUUGAGGCCAUUUGCCAGAAUCCGUCUCUUAAAGCAGGCCUCGACGAUGAGAAAGUGAUGAUCGUUGCCUUCCUCUCAAGAGUCAUGCAUGGGAAGCAGCUGGAUGUCCAGUUUGAUGAGGACGACAGUGUGACGCCUCUGAUGUCUGCUGCCAAGAUGUGGUCAAAUCUAAAAGCCACUGUUGCAGACACAAGACUGUUCAAUAACGUCACCAUUCUCCUGCUCGCACAGACGGUGGCUGUGUGCUUGGAGAGAGGCCAAAGAUCCUCUGCCUCAUCUGCCCUUAAGUGGUUUGAGAGUAACAAUGAGUUCCCACAGAAUGUACGAGUCAAGCUGACAACUAUAGUGACACAAAAGGAAACUUACCAUCCAUUUCUGAUGAGCUUCAGCUUCAAGCGCCUUUUGGAGACAAUCCAAUCAUAUUUGGAUGCUUAUCUGGAAAGGAACCCCUGUGACUACCUUCUUAAGGAAGCUACAAAGGUGGUCCAGUCAUCACAGAAUGGAAAUGUUUUGGAGGAUGUGGUGAAAGAAAACUGCUGUCUGUCCAGGCAGAAUGAAAAAAAGAUGACCAGAUGUUUGAUAAAAAAACGCCAACUACUUCCAACAAAGAUCGCUGAUCUAUGGAAACCUGAUACAUGCAAGAAGCCUUAUGUCUCUGUCCGAAGACUGUCCAAGACUGAAUUAUCUCAGAAGACAAACCGGUCAACAUCACAGGUGUCACAGACCCAGAGAACAAGAAAGAAAUGGACAUCAACCCUGGACAAGUACCUGAAGGCCGGAGUGGAACGCCACGGCCCAGGAAAAUGGGCUCAAAUAUUAAAGGACUAUGACUUUGAAGGGCGCACUGGAACCAUGCUUAAAGAUCGCUGGAGAGUCUUGUUGAGAGCCCACGAAGUCGGCUAAAGGGGAGCGAUAGACCCUGGGACUUUAGCUGUUCUGUGUAUAUAAAAUCGUGGUUUGAUUGUUUUUUUUUUUAAUUGUUGUUGCUGUUUGCACUACAAAACACACACCUCAAGAGGGCGCUACUCCUUCGUGCAUUUGUAAAAUCUGCAGCAUGAUGUAGAUGUUUACUUGUUAGUUGGGGAUUGAUU